AGCAGAGAAGUGAGAAGCCUGGCAGGCUGAACUCUAUCUAGGUAAUAAGUGAUAUCGAGUAGGUCCCUUCUCAAUUCAUAAUUCGCGCUUACAAUCACUCGAUUCUCGAAAGAGGAAAUCCUCUUCUGAGUGCUCUCCUGCCAUUAAUUUCGACUCCGCUCGAUCGGGAAAGGACCCUCGUGGUCCUGGUGCGAUUUUUUCACCGAGAAAGAAGUCACUGCCAGGAGUGCCAGGUGUUCUGUUCUCACUUUCCCAGUUUUCCACCCAGCCAACCUCUCUCGAAAAGUUCUCAUUCUCCAUCUGUGAUUUCAUUUCCCAGUGCCAGUGCCAGUUUUUUAGAAAGCAAGUCGGAACAUUCAUUUUCCAUCGAAAAAGCCAGUGAAUUUUCGGAAAAGUUUCAAGUUUCAUCCCCUGCUGUUGUCUCCGUCGAGUGAGUGAAAUCAAGAUAAUUGCAAAAGUUUUGACGUCUGCUAGAUUCUCGAUUGGUGUCCUCCCUCGUGGGAAAUCCCCUGGGAAAGCGUCAAACUCGAUUACGCGUAGUGACGAACUCGUUCGGAAAUAUUUUGUGUCCGUAACCUGGGGUUUCUGGGUUUUCUCCGACUGGUGAAAAGAAAAUUUGUGAGGGGAAAGCAAGUGGAUAAAUGUGAGAGGACCGUCGGUAGAAUGGCAGGGACGAUUUUUGCUUUCGACGAUAUCAAGGAUAAGAAGGACGACGAGAUUGUCGAGGUGGAAGUGGAGUACGAAGUUAGUUCAGACGACAAUGAAUUAAUUGAAUUAAUUGAGCCCGACGGAGAAGACGUAGAAGUUGAAACAGUCGUGAUAUCCGAGAAAAAUGUGAACCAAGGCAGGGAAAGAGCGGGACCACAGGAUUUCGAUAUAUGUAAAGUGAUAGGCAAAGGCGGUUAUGGAAAAGUCUUUCAAGUUCGCAAACGAACUGGAAAAGACACUGGAAAGCUUUUUGCUAUGAAGGUUCUGCGCAAAGCCUCGAUUAUCAGAAACCAGAAGGACACGGCUCAUACCAAAGCAGAGAGGAACAUAUUAGAAGCUGUGAAGCAUCCCUUCAUCGUUGACCUGAUGUACGCCUUUCAAACCGGGGGGAAACUCUACCUAAUUCUGGAAUAUAUGUGCGGAGGUGAAUUAUUUCGUCAUCUGAACAAAGAGGGCAUUUUCCUCGAAGACACUGCCAUUUUCUACCUCUGCGAAAUCAUCCUCGCCCUCCAACAUCUCCAUCGCCAGGGUAUCAUCUAUAGAGACUUAAAGCCCGAGAACAUUCUUUUGGAUGCCGAGGGACACAUUAAAUUGACUGAUUUUGGCCUCUGCAAAGAGCACAUCGAAGACGACACAGUAACGCACACUUUUUGUGGAACAAUUGAGUACAUGGCGCCGGAAAUUCUGAUGAGAAGUGGCCACGGCAAGGCCGUUGAUUGGUGGAGUCUCGGGACUCUAUUGUACGACAUGUUGACUGGUGCGCCACCCUUUACCGGUGAAAAUCGAAAGAAAACGAUUGACAAGAUUCUCAAGGGCAAGUUGUUCCUGCCAAUGUAUCUCACUGCCGACGCGCGAGACUUGAUUCGCAAGCUGCUCAAGAGACAGGUGAAGCAAAGACUGGGAUCGGGAUCGACGGAUGCUGAGCAGAUCAAAAAUCACAAGUUCUUCGAGAAGGUCAAUUGGAACGACGUGAUUUGUCGGAGAACUGAUCCGCCGUUUACGCCCACUCUAGUGAGUGAGGAUGAUGUUUCCCAGUUUGAUCAGAGAUUCACGGCUUCUGAUCCCAUCGAUUCCCCAGUUGAGCACACACUCAGCGAGUCUGCUAAUCUUAUUUUUGAGGGAUUUACCUAUGUUGCUCCCAGUUUACUGGACGAAUAUCCACAGCCGAGAGUUGUCCACGCGAGAAGUCCUCGCCGAGUUUACAUGCGUGGAUUUUCACCCCGUGGAACGCAUAUUAAUCACAGUUCUAGGAUACAAAAUCACAGGCACAUAGAGGAUCAAGAAAUGAUCGAAAUAGAUUAAUGCAUCUCUAGCUCUUAUCGUUAAAAAUUUUCGGCCUCGCCGCUGGAGUCUCUCAGUCCUCGAAAAUGUUAUUUUAAGGGAGAAGAGAGAAUUUUUUCUCUUGAUUUCGACGAGGCUCGCUCGACAGAUACCGAGACUCCAAAGGCCUAGUUAAUUUUUUUACUUGAGUUGAAAUAUUGAUUAUUAUUAAUUAAUUAAUUAAUUAAUUAAUAUUAUAAUAUCGAGUAACCAGAAAUAAGAUUAUUCCGAUACCAAACCUAAAACUUUGUCGAAAGUUACGAAAGAGGGAUUAAUCUUGAAAAGUGUCGAAAUCAUUUUCAAUAUUCCUUCGUAAAAUUCGACCUGCCAAUUUAGUCACAAUUCCAUCAGAAUUAUUAUUUUCAAGAUUUCACCUUUUUUUCUGGAAUCUUGCCCUUUUCCAUCUGCAUUUUCAUCGCAUAAAAAAGAAGAAGAGAAAAAAGAAAGAAAGGAAUUGCUCGCAUAAAAAUGAAAUGCGUGACGAUACUUUUGAUUGUGCAUUAAAUAUAAAGAAAUAUUUAUGAAUAAAAGACUUUCAACGUCAACUUGAAAUAGAAAAAAAAUAAAAAUGGAAAAUAGAAAAAAAAAAAGAAAAAAAAAGAACAACGUGCCUGUAAAAAGAAAAACUGUAAUGUACCGUAGAAUACAUUUAAAAGAAGAAGAAUAGUAAUUAUUGAAGUGAGAAAAAGUGUCAGAUUACACAAAGUUUAAUGAUAAAAACGUAAAAAAUUGAAAAUGGCGACAACAAUCUGAGAACGAGACUUGAAUAAUAAUCGAUUUUAUUGACUGAAAACGUCGACAGUUUUUAUUAAUUGAAAAAGAAUAUUGGUUCUCGGAAUUUUUGCGCAUUUUUUCAUUUUUUUUUGUUUUUUUUUGUUUUUUUUUGUUUGUUAAGAAACAAUGAUUUUUUGAAACGUAUACUCGCGUCUUUUGUAAAUUCGAAAAUAAAUUAAUGCUUCCUACUAUAUGGCCGAUUAUGUCUAUCGCAUGUUCGACCUUUACUAAUAAAAACUUAUAAAUAUGAGAAAUAA